UUUUUUUUUCUUUUCUUUUUUUUUUUUUUUUCUUGUACUGCCUUGACUCAUCGCUUCUGACUCCCGAGGCCUCAACAUUUACUGUUCAGUCGCAUAUCUAUCUGCCUCUGUUUCCUUGUGUGUUCAUCCCCUGAUGCUGUAUAUGAUUCUAUCUACCGGAUAUCUCGCUUCGUUUGUUCAAUUGCUUGAAAUCUCGUAUAGGAGUUGAAUAUUUGCUUUAAACAUUUUUAACCUUGGUGGCAUUGUCGUUUUUCUUGCCAUAUACAGCUAAUGCUUUGGCCAUCGUUGAUCUGCGUCGUCCGCAUUUCGUCAUUGCUGUGAUAGAGUAGUUCGACACGCCGGGGAGACCGCUUUUUUUUCUUUGUUUCGAAAGCCCCAGGAUAUCAUUUGGAUAUUUCGCUAUCGGUUCUAGGGGUUUAUUCAGUGUUACAUUUAUUUAUUUUUAUCACUUCGUAUCUGCGGUUUUUCCCCUUUUCGCGAGCAUCUGGAGACUGCUACGACAUCUCGCACCGAACUUCUAUCCAUUUGCCCUGUCGAAUCUUUCAACUGAUCGCUGGGCAUUCGAUCCCAAGUUGGACUUCCAUUACGCCUGGCCUCCAGCCUUUCCAACUGAGCGGGUCCAUAUACAUCCCUCUUGUUCCAUUUAAAACACACUAGCAUUUCCGCCUCGUUUUGAAAUAUGUCUCUCGGCAGCUUUGAACAACAUACAUAGGCCAAUCUUUACCGUUCAAUCACAUACUCUGGCAUACUUGCCAAAGUGGAUCAGUCAAUCAGACCGUAUACGUGGCAACCACCAUGUCACUCUUCUCCGCUCAAGUACAGUUCUUGAAUGACUGUCUCGCACUCAUCCACAUCCCCCUGGACCUGUAUCCUUUCUUCCUACACCCAAUACUUCAGCUUAUUUUCCACGAUGUGCCUCCUAUCGAAGAUAUACACCCGGACGAACUAGAAUUGAGAGAUCUUCAUAUAUCUGAACCAACGAAUCCGGCAUUUCUUAACAUUUCCAUCACUCCAGUCGAAUGUUCAAUUGUUUGCUCGAGGGAACUGGCAGACUUAUAUUUUCGCCAAUUGGCAGAAAAGUUCAAUAAAAAUGAACCUUCCAAGGCACACCAAGUAUCCAUCAGUGAGGAGGAUUUCAUCGUCAUGCAGGUUGAUGGGCAAGGGUUGGAUGCCGGCCAACGAGUUCUGGAACUGACCAGCGCUCUUGCAAUGGCGGGAGUAUCCAUAUUCUUCAUCUCAACUUAUUUCUCCGACUACAUCCUCGUCCCCCGCCGUUCAAGAGGCCUUGUAACCCACACUAUCAAGAACCGUGGCUUCAACUUCGAAGUCCCGUCUGAUGCCUUCGUCAACAGUAGCAGUAAUCCGCAAUACCGCAGCUCUCCACCAUCCUUAGACGCACAACGAUCACCACCCUUAACACCUCCCCCAUCAACACUACCAGAGCUCCAAACACGAACGUUCGCCUCCUUACGGAAACACAACAUACACGCCCGCGUCGACAAAUCCCUCCGCAUUGUCCAAUGCGCAGCACAAUACUCAUCAUCCUCCCGCCCAUGCUCCCCUUCAAUCCUCCGCCCAAGCCUCGUCACAACUCUAAUACUUGAUAAACCCCGCUUCCUCUCACUAACCCUGACAGCCACCGACCCGGCCGCCUCCAUAUUGCUCGAAAAACGGCUCCUGCCUCGCUUCUCUCUCGACCCCAUCUCUUGUGUUCCCCCAAACCAGCACGGUGGCUACUCACGAGGCGAUAGCGAUAAUAAUCUCCUACUAGGCUCACAGGAGGACGUCCUCAUCCCUAUCAUGUUGGAUCUGCACGAACUUCCACUGGAAGCUACAGGUAUCGUCUGUGGGGUAGCCAGCCGGCUCGCGGCGGCGACUCAAAGUCGAGAGCCUACCCAUGCCAUCGGCGAGAGUGACAACGAUCACGACGACAAUGAUGAUGACGACGCUAGGAGCGUGGAGCUCUCGACGAAUGGCUCUACUAUCGCUAAGUUUGGUUAUGAUAAAUCAUCAACCUCGUCGCAGAAACCCAGGCAGAAAAGCGAGCAGUCACAGGGCGCCCACGAGAAGCUUCACCGAGUUCCGUCAGACCCUGAUUCGUUGUACCCAGAUGCAGUCGAUAUCAGCUUCCUGAGUACGGUGAGGGCUGGCACUGUCAUUGUUGGCGAAAGGGAGCUGGAGAGGGCAAUGGCAUCAUUGGAUGCAGAGAGUGGACCCUCGAGUUCAUUAUAAUACGGGAGCUCGAACGGAUAUCCGUCCAGAGGGAGGGGGAACCAAGGGUAUUUUGUUUUGUGAGGAUGUGUUGCCGAAUUCCAUAUAUAUUGACAAAAUCAGGUGAUAGAGAAUAAAGGAAAAAGUUAGCGGGUGAUUUGAUUUUGAUUUUGUUUACUCAGUUACUCACGAUUGACGAAAUGCUUUAUGAACCCAAAACGAAUACAAAAAAAAAACCAGAAUAAGAUAAAAAAAAAAAAAAAGCCAUUGCUAUAUCUUCUUACAUGGAUGAUGGAACGACGGCAAAAAAACAUAGUAUGUAUAUUUGGGAUCAAAAGAGCGUGGUUUGGGUGUGAGAGAUAAAAGUUGGGUAGGUAGGUAGGGUAUGUUGAGUGUGGAAAUAUUGUAGUGCAAACAGAGGUAAGGACGACGUCAGCCGCCUCAGCUAUCGAAAAAAUUGACAUCUUCAUAUUUGAAGCAGCGGGAUAUAAUUCAAUCCCUGACAUUUGUAGUGUUUAUAUUGAAAAGUAUAUGGAAUCAAAUGGUUUUCUUUUGCCACGUCGCCUAUGGCUCAAGUCCACUCGCAAUCAUGAGGCCUCAAUUAUACUUGGCUUACUUUGUAUUUGUUAAUGCUUCACCAAUCAAUGAAUGGGUAGAGUCCUUAAGUUGUCUUUUCAUUGGGUAGGGCUAUGAUUGGGAGGGAUGUAUCUUAGAUGAGUUAUCCUCCCGGGAUGUAAAACAUCGGAUACGGGUAUAUUUGUUCGAACCAGAAUAUGCGCGAGGUUUCAUGGAAUUGAAUGGUAAUUGAAAAUGAUAAAUGACUAGCAGAUAUAUGAAAUGGAAGGCCCAUUAGGAUUAGUCCUGGCGUUUAUAAUAAUACAAGAUGGCAGAUGUCAGCCGGGACGGUGAGGUAAUUAGAAUGGUCAUGACAACGUAGCAUAUAUAUGGAUCGUUAACAGGUUCGUUUUCUGUGUGAAACGAGGUACUUCGGGGAAAGGAAAUGCCGAAGUCAUCCAAAAACUUGAACAGUCCCUAUUUCGGUAAUAUCAUGUUAGCAGAAGCGAGUGAAAGGAAAAUAAUACCUCCCUGCGAAAUGUGAAAAAUUUUCCCAGAUAUGAAAAGAGAUCAGGGGUGAAACAACUUACCAUCCGAACAACCCCCCGCCCAGCAACCCCCUUUCUCAUUCCACGCCACACAACUAACCGCCUUCACCCCUUUCCCCGCACUCACCUUCGCAAUCACAUCCCCCGUCAAUACAUCCCACGCAAACACAUGGCUCUCGGCAUUCACGGCACUCUCCUUCUCAUCUGUCUCUCCACCGCUAAACACAACGCUAUCCCCCAUCGCAAACGAAGAUCUAAUCCGCAGCGAACUAUUGACAUAUCGCGGCGUUUCAUCCCCACCAGCAGCAGCAGCAGCAGCAGCAGCAGCAGUAGCAGCAGGCGCCGCAGAGACACUCUCUGCCUGCCCUGAGGCCGAAGCCGCAGCCGCAGCAUAUGACCUCCCACCCCCAAACGCCUUCAACACGCUCCCAUCCGCCCGAUCAACCAUCCGAAUCCACCCAUCAAGACAUGACGCCAGCACCAUAUUGCCGUCAUCCGAACAGCGCACGCUCGUCACCUCGUGACCCAUGACGUCGACGUUCACCAUGCCCAUGCGCAGAUCGUAGCUGCGGAUUCGCCCGUCGUAGCUGCCAGAUAUUAUACUGGCCGUGGGCAUGUGGAUGCUCAGGGAGGAGAUGGUGUCGCGGGCUUCCGAGAGGGUUUGGAUGGGUUUUGAGGUGAGGGAGCGGGUGUCCCAGAGUUUUAAGGUUGUGUCGGCGCUUCCUGUGAAUGGUGGUAAGCUGGUUAGUGGGAUUGAGUUGCCGCGAUAAUAAUAUAGAGCUCGCCAAAUAAAGGGAUGGGGAGUUUUCCAUAUUUUUAUUUUGUGCCGAUGGAAGAGAGGAGAUGGGGGAAAUCUAGGUGAUGCUGAGUGAAGGUGAUAGAUAGGUGUAAAUCGAGCACAGCUCCUUACGACCUUAGCCACAGGCAAUAUCAAUGUCGAUCCGACGUUGCUUCGCGUAUAGCUGAUAGAGAUAUCCAGGCCUCUGGUCCUUAUAAGUUUCUAGAUCCCUCAGCCUUUGACGAACCAACCCGGCGCAAAGGGUAACGUUCAUAAAAGGAAAUCAAAUCCACCUCCAGAAACAUAAAAAACAUUCAAAUAA